GCUCUUAUCUGCGCUUGUGUGUGUCUGUCUGCUGUGUGGUAGUUUCGUUCGUUCUCGGAGCAGAUCUUUGUUGACAUGUUUGCUGAUUCAUCAUCGCAAUCGUAAACAGAGUUCGAUUCCAUAGUCCCCCACAGGCUUAUCUGCCUAAAAUGUUGUUCCAUCUGGUGAUUGUGGCGCUCGUCGCCAUCAGCCAGACAGGUGCGGCCAAGGCCGGCUUCGGCAAGAAGUACCCACUGUCAUCGAAAUUCAUCGAAGAAAUCAACGUAAAAGCGACCACAUGGCGGGCGGGCCGUAAUUUCCACCCGGACACCUCGCUCACGUACAUCCGCGGCCUGAUGGGUGUUCACCCAGACGCGGACAAAUUCCGCGAGCCCGAGCUUCUGCACGAGCUGCACGACGGGGACGAUCUGCCGGAGAACUUUGACUCGCGCGAACAGUGGCCCAACUGUCCGACUAUUCGCGAAAUCCGCGACCAAGGAUCGUGUGGCUCGUGCUGGGCGUUCGGUGCCGUCGAGGCAAUGUCCGACCGUGUUUGUAUCGCUUCGGGAGGUAAAAUUCAUUUCCGCUUUUCGGCCGAAGAUCUCGUGUCGUGCUGCCACACGUGCGGAUUUGGCUGUAACGGCGGAUUCCCGGGUGCGGCCUGGAGCUACUGGGUGCACAAGGGUUUGGUCAGCGGUGGACCGUUCGGGUCGAACAUGGGCUGUCAGCCGUACGCGAUUGCUCCCUGCGAACAUCACGUUAACGGAACGCGUCCUUCGUGCGAGGGCGAAGGUGGCAAAACUCCAAAAUGUGUGAAAAAAUGUCAGGACAGCUACAAUGUGCCGUAUCAGAAGGACAAACGGUACGGGGCACGGUCGUACUCGAUCGCACGCCACGAGGAACAGAUCCAGAAGGAAAUCAUGACCAAUGGGCCGGUGGAGGGUGCGUUCACCGUGUACGAAGAUUUGCUUCACUACAAGGAGGGCGUCUAUCAGCACGUAACGGGCAAAAUGCUGGGCGGGCAUGCUAUUCGCAUACUGGGAUGGGGCGUCGAGAAUGGUACGAAGUACUGGCUCAUUGCCAACUCAUGGAACAGUGACUGGGGCGACAAUGGAUUCUUUAAGAUCCUCCGGGGCGAGGACCAUCUCGGCAUCGAAAGUUCCAUUUCGGCCGGAUUGCCCAAGCUGUAGAGGGACAAGCGGCAGGCCCACCGUAGCUGCUACAUACGUAUCAUUCCGGAAACAGGGAGGCAAAGAACGAGAAAGAGGCUGAUUUAUCGAUCGAGAAAGAUUAUUCCGCUUUCAGGGACGACCAAGAAUAAAAAUCUCCCGUUUUCCGUUUUUCGAUAAAUAAUAA